CGCCCGGCGCCCGGCGCACCCCCUCCCGCCGCGCCCCCUCCCCUCUCCCCCCUGCGAUCACUGUCCAUUGGCUUGUCCUGGUCUCUUUUUCAUGUCCAGCCCCUGAUGAGUGUCCAUUGGUGUUGCCUUCGCCUUCCCUCCUCCCCUCUCCCCGGCUUGCCCUGCCCAUGUUUUGUAUGUCUCUGUCCAUCCAGGCUCCUGACGUUCAAGUUCGCAGGGACGUCACGUCCGCACUUGAACUUGCAGCUCAGGGGGGCUUUUGCCAUUUUUUUCAUCUCUCUCUCUCUCUCCUUCCCUCUCUCCCUCUCUCUCCCUCUCUCUCUCCCUCUCUUUUUUUUUCCUUGCACAAAAAAAAAAAAAGCCAUGACUGCUAUCCCACAAUUCAUCUUCCCUGCGCCAUCUUUGUAUUAUUUCUAAUUUAUUUUGGAUGUCAAAAGACAUUGAUGAAGAUAUUUUCUCUGGAGUCUCCUUCCUCUCUAACCCGUCUCUCCCGAUGUGAACCGAGCGACUCACAAGCCACCGAAGCCACCAACCCACCAUGUCGCGCCGCAAGCAAGGCAAACCCCAGCACUUAAGCAAACGGGAAUUUUCACCCGAACCUCUUGAAGCCAUUCUCACUGAUGACGAACCUGACCAUGGCACGUUGGGAGCUCCAGAAGGGGACCACGACCUCCUCACUUGUGGCCAGUGUCAGAUGAACUUCCCGUUGGGGGACAUUCUUAUUUUUAUUGAGCACAAACGGAAACAAUGCAAUGGCAGUCUCUGCUUAGAGAAGGCUGUGGAUAAGCCACCUUCACCCUCACCAAGUGAGCUGAAAAAAGCAUCCAAUCCCGUGGAGGUUGGCAUCCAGGUUACGCCAGAGGAUGACGAUUGUUUAUCAACGUCAUCUAGAGGAAUUUGCCCAAAACAGGAACAUAUAGCAGGUAAAGACGAGCCCAGCAGCUACACGUGCACGACUUGUAAACAGCCUUUCAACAGCGCCUGGUUCCUCUUGCAGCACGCACAGAACACGCACGGCUUACGGAUCUACCUAGAAAGCGAGCACGGCAGCCCCCUGACGCCACGGGUUGGUAUCCCAUCAGGACUAGGUGCAGAGUGCCCUUCCCAGCCACCUCUCCACGGGAUUCACAUUGCAGACAAUAACCCUUUUAACCUGCUCAGAAUACCUGGCUCGGUCUCGAGAGAGGCGUCGGGGCUGGGAGAAGGGCGAUUCCCACCCACGCCGCCCCUCUUUAGCCCUCCCCCGAGGCACCAUUUGGAUCCGCAUCGCAUAGAGCGCCUGGGUGCGGAAGAAAUGGCUCUGGCCACCCAUCACCCUAGUGCCUUCGACAGGGUGCUGCGACUGAACCCCAUGGCAAUGGAGCCGCCCGCUAUGGAUUUCUCCCGGCGGCUGCGGGAGCUGGCCGGCAACACCUCCAGCCCGCCCUUGUCCCCGAGCCGGCCCAGCCCUAUGCAAAGGCUGCUGCAGCCCUUCCAGCCCGGCAGCAAGCCCCCGUUCCUGGCCACGCCGCCCCUUCCUCCUCUGCAGUCCGCUCCUCCUCCCUCCCAGCCGCCCAUGAAGUCCAAGUCGUGCGAGUUCUGCGGGAAGACCUUCAAGUUCCAGAGCAACUUGGUGGUCCACCGCCGGAGCCACACCGGGGAGAAGCCCUACAAGUGCAACCUCUGCGACCACGCCUGCACGCAGGCCAGCAAGCUGAAGCGCCACAUGAAGACACACAUGCACAAGUCGUCCCCCAUGACAGUGAAGUCGGAUGAUGGGCUCUCCACCGCCAGCUCCCCUGAACCAGGCACCAGCGACCUGGUUGGCAGUGCCAGCAGCGCCCUCAAGUCGGUGGUGGCCAAGUUCAAGAGCGAGAAUGACCCCAACAUGAUCCCCGAGAACGGGGAUGAGGAGGAGGAGGAGGAGGAGGAGGAAGAGGAGGAGGAGGAGGAGGAAGAGGAGGAGGACUUGAACGAGAAUGAGAGGCCAGACUACGGCUUCGGGAUGAACCUGGAGGCGGCCCGCCAUCAUGAGAACAACUCCAGGGCUGGCGAGGAGAGCCGGUCGAUGCCGGACGUCAUGCAAGGUAUGGUCCUCAGCUCCAUGCAGCACUUCAGUGAGGCCUUCCACCAGGUGCUGGGGGAGAAGCACAAACGAGGCCAUCUGUCCGAGGCCGAGGUGCACAGGGACACUUGCGACGAAGACUCGGUGGCCGGCGAGUCCGACCGCAUCGACGACGGGGCAGUCAACGGCCGGGGCUGCUCCCCGGGGGAGUCUGCCUCAGGCGGCUUGUCCAAAAAGCUGCCUGGUAGCCCCAGCUCCCUGAGCCCCUUCUCCAAACGCAUCAAGCUGGAGAAGGAGUUCGACCUGCCUGCCGCCGCCAUGCCCAACACCGAAAACGUUUACUCCCAGUGGCUGGCCGGCUACGCUGCCUCGCGGCAGCUGAAGGACCCCUUCCUCAGCUUCGGUGACUCCCGACAAUCGCCCUUCGCCUCCUCCUCCGAGCACUCGUCAGAGAAC